AGCAAAUGUAAUGAUGGAUGUCACGAUUUUAGUUUCAGUGUGUCUACUAUGUGUGACUUAAAGUGACAGACAUGUUUUUAGUAUUUUGUUUGUGGCGCUAAUUACACAUUAUUUUGGGUUUAUCUCGUAUUCCACAACUUUGUACCCCGAAAUAUGAACUUUGAUUUACUAGCUUUUAAGGGGUGGAUGCCAAAUCCUGAAUUCGUUCAGCAUUUCAAAUGACACUUUAACAUUGUUAAUGCGGCAUCGGCACUACAGAAGAACCACAUGUUAUGAAAUAGAUUUCUUUUUGGAUUAUUGUCCAUAUUCCUGUCAACAUGAAUAGUAGUGACAGACGACGCCGAAGUAACAAUCGGCAAUAUUCGGCAGAAGAUCAAGCGCUAAAUCAAAUAUCAAAAGAGGCCGAGUCGAGAUUAGCUGCUAAGCGAGCUGCCCGCGCUGAAGCUAGAGGAAUUCGUCAUCGAGAAAUAGAAAAACAGCAAAGAGAAGCUGAGAGAGAGCAGCAAGAGAAAUCUAAUGAUGUUAGUGGAGAUGCGCCUAUCAGAUCGGCCGGCCGGCAGGAUGGGUCUCGGAGAGGCAGUGAUGACUCCACAGAAAGUUCUGAAUCUAAACCAGAUAGGAAUUUCAAGGCCGAGUUACGGGAGCUGGAUGAAAAGUAUAAGAAGGCCAUGAUGACGUCUGCCCAGCUGGACAAUGAGAAACAGACGCUGAUUUACCAGGUGGAGCUCCUCAAGGAUCAGCUGGAGGAGCAGGAGGAGAACUUCAUAGAAAUAAACAGAGAAUAUAAAGACAAAAGUAGGGAAUUAGAAAUGAAGAAGAAAUCCCACAAGGAUUUAGAAUAUGAGAAUGCUUGUCUGAAGGAACAGAUGGCUUAUAAAGAUAGGUUAAUAGAGGAAAGCGGUUUAGUGAUAGUAACGGCAGGCGAGGAUGGUAAAUAUAUUCUCCAGAAGAGUGACACCUUGUCGAAUGGGCCGGUUCCCAGCGGCAGCACAGCCCUCCUCAGUUCAGAGACCAUCGACAUCCUCCACAAGGCCGGAGAGGGAUCACUAGGUACAGCUGGCAUUGAUCGUAGUUGUAGAACCGCGCAUGCUAACAAUAACAUGGAGAAUGUACAGGUAGCACCGUCAACACAGCAUGUCCGUGGGGCCGAUACUGUAAACCCACAUGUAGAGUCAGAUGAGCAUAAUGAUAGCACGUCUGAAAGUGUAGAGUCAAGUGUUGAUCCUGCACCUGUAUGUGAUGGUGUAUCUGAGGGCAGAGAGGUUCUAAGGGGAAUGGCUCAACAGGGCAUGGAAAGUGAACAUGAUAAAAUGCAUGGAAUAGGUGUUAGUGAUGAACUUGACACAGGUGAUAGAAUUGAAGUUCAGAAAUCUGAAAAUGAUGUUGAAGUUGUAAAGCAUGUUGAGAAAGUUGAUGAAAAUCUUGCAGAAGCUGUAGCUUCUGCUGAAAAGAAACCAGAAAGUUUGGGUGAUUCUUUCGCACACGAGUUGGAUGUUAGUGGGACCACUGAGAUGGGAAUGUCCAGAGAUGACUCGGGUAUUUUCUCUCCUGGUGCACCCCCUAACAUAAUGGUCACAGGUAGUGAUGGUAGCAAACUUUCACUGCAAUCUAGUCAGUCGGAUGAUGAUGUUGACGAGUUCUAUGAUGCAAUUAGCUCCACUCCAUCCCCUUAUGAAAAUAAACAAUUUAAUAUGGUAGAAGUUAAAGAUAACGAGAGUGGAAAAGUUUUUGAUGAUAAGUUUGACAUGGAAGAAAAGAGUGAAAAUGCUUCCUGUGGAAUAACAUCAGAUUUUAUUGAUGAUAAAAGUACAGUGGUUGUAAAUAAUGAUAUGAGCAUGAGUGUACCAGAGACUGAUAAACAUGAUAGUGAUGAAUGUGAGAAGUCAGAAAAUGUUUCUGGGGGAGAAUCAGAGGCUAACGCUGACGUGAAUGAGAUUGUGGGAAGUGAGCUGAACAAAGAAAAUGUGGAGUUAAGGACAACAGUUAGUAACAAGUUUGUAAGCAGAGAUGAUGGCAAGGAAGAGGUUGAUGUAAGCAAAGAUGAUGGUAAGGAAGACAUUGGCAUAAGCAAAGAUGAUGGUAAGGAAGAGGUUGAUGUAAGCAGAGAUGAUGGCAAGGAAGAGGUUGAUGUAAGCAAAUAUGAUGGUAAGGAAGACAUUGGCAUAAGCAAAGAUGAUGGUAAGGAAGAGGUUGAUAUAAGCAAAGAUGAUGGUAAGGAAGAGGUUGAUGUAAGCAAAUAUGAUAAUAAAGAAGAGAUUGAUGUGAGCAAAGAUGAUGGUAAGGAACAGGUUGAUGUAAUUAAAGAUGAUGGCAAGGAAAAGGUUGAUGUAAGCAAAGAUGAUGGUAAGGAAGAGGUUGAUGUAAGGAAAGAUGAUGGUAAGGAAGAGGUUGAUGUGAGCAAAGAUGAUGGUAAGGAAGACAUUGGCAUAAGCAAAGAUGAUGGUAAGGAAGAGGUUGAUGUUAGCAAAGAUGAUGGUAAGGAAGAGGUUGAUGUGAGCAAAGAUGAUGGUAAAGAAGACAUUGGCAUAAGCAAAGAUGAUGGUAAGGAAGAGGUUGAUGUAAGUAAAGAUGAUGGCAAGGAAAAGGUUGAUGUAAGCAUAGAUGAUGGUAAGGAAGAGGUUGAUGUAAGCAAAUAUGAUGGUAAGGAAGACAUUGGCAUAAGCAAAGAUGAUGGUAAGGAAGACAUUGGCAUAAGCAAAGAUGAUGGUAAGGAAGAGGUUGAUGUUAGCAAAGAUGAUGGUAAGGAAGAGGUUGAUGUAAGCAAAGAUGAUGGUAAGGAAGAGGUUGAUGUGAGCAAAGAUGAUGGUAAAGAAGACAUUGGCAUAAGCAAAGAUGAUGGUAAGGAAGAGGUUGAUGUGAGCAAAGAUGAUGGUAAGGAAGAGGUUGAUGUAAGGAAAGAUGAUGGUAAGGAAGAGGUUGAUGUGAGCAAAGAUGAUGAUGGUAAGGAAGACAUUGGCAUAAGCAAAGAUGAUGGUAAGGAAGAGGUUGAUGUGAGCAAAGAUGAUGGUAAGGAAGAGGUUGAUGUGAGCAAAGAUGAUGGUAAAGAAGACAUUGGCAUAAGCAAAGAUGAUGGUAAGGAAGAGAUUGGUGUAAGCAAAGAUGAUGGUAAGGAAGAGGUUGGUGUAAGCAAAGAUGAUGGUAAGGAAGACAUUGGCAUAAGCAUAUAUGAUGGUAAGGAAGAGAUUGAUGUGAGCAAAGAUGAUGGUAAGGAAGAGGUUGAUGUAAGCAAAGAUGAUGGUAAGGAAGAAGUUGAUGUGAGCAAAGAUGAUGAUAAAGAAGACAUUGGCAUAAGCAAAGAUGAUGAUAAGGAAGAGGUUGAUGUGAGCAAAGAUGAUGGUAAGGAAGAGGUUGAUGUAAGCAAAGAUGAUGGUAAGGAAGAGGUUGAUGUGAGCAAAGAUGAUAAUGGUAAGGAAGACAUUGGCAUAAGCAAAGAUGAUGGUAAGGAAGAGGUUGAUGUGAGCAAAGAUGAUGGUAAGGAAGAGGUUGAUGUGAGCAAAGAUGAUGGUAAAGAAAACAUUGGCAUAAGCAAAGAUGAUGAUAAGGAAGAGGUUGAUGUAAGCAAAGAUGAUGGUAAGGAAGAUAUUGAUGUAAGCAAAGAUGACGGUAAGGAAGAGAUUGAUGUGAGCAAAGAUGAUGGUAAGGAAGAGGUUGAUGUAAGCAAAGAUGAUGGUAAGGAAGAGAUUGGUGUAAGCAAAGAUGAUGGUAAGGAAGAGGUUGAUGUAAGCAAAGAUGAUGGUAAGGAAGAGGUUGAUGUAAGCAAAGAUGAUGGUAAGGAAGACAUUGGCAUAAGCAUAUAUGAUGGUAAGGAAGAGGUUGAUGUAAGCAAAGAUGAUGGUAAGGAAGACAUUGAUGUAAGGAAGAAAGACACUGAUGUUGGCAAUGAUACAGUUACAGCAGAAACAAGUAUCAAAGAUUUGCCUGAGGCUUUAGUUAAAGAAGAGCCAAACCCAAAUGAUGACAGUGAUUCUAAAGAUGAUGUGAGAGAGUCAGAAAGAAGUAAUACUGAUGUUGAUUCCAGUAUUGAUGUUAAAGAGAAAAGCCCCACCACUGAGAUAGAGAGAGUCUCCAGUGCAACUUCUGAUGAUGUUGAGUACAAUUUUGAUGACAUUGAUGAGGUCUUAGAUGAUGAUGAUGCACACAAAUCAAACACAGCAGUUGAUAGUCAUCCAAGAAUCAAAAUGGAAGAUAGGUCUGAUGAAGCAUCUGGUGGGAAAGAGGAUGUUGGUUCAGUAUCAAACCCAGUUACUGGGAAGACUGAGGAAGAUGAUCUGGAAAGCCAUCUGGAAUCUCUUUCCUCUGGUACUAUGGUGAUCAAGGAUGGUGUCAAAGACCGGCAGUCACACAAUAGAAAGUCAAAGAAAUUUGGGAAAUUUUUCAAAAAUAUCUUUAAGUAGGCUUCAUUUCUCGUGAUAUUCAAGUUUGGUUUGAUGACUAGUAAGAAUUGAUACUAUAUUGAGGCUAUUGAAGAAGAAUAUUUCACCUUAGUUAAUAGGGAGUAACAAAUAUAUCCACAAAUCAUGAGUAUCACGUCUAAAGUGGUAAUGCAUUAGACAGCCAGGACACUUGACAGUUUACUUUAUCCACAUUUGACAAGUUUUGACUUCUCUGUCCUUUUACUAUAGAUACAUAUUCACCUGUGAUAUACUGUGAUUUAUAUGUAGCUCAUGGAUUGAGCACAGUCCUUAAUGAUUCGUUGUCCUUGAUUAUAAGUGGUCUCCAUAUUGCAUUGGUUUUAUUUCUUUGGUACAAUUGUAGCCACAUGUAUCCUUAUUCACCAACAUUGAAGAAGAAUUUUUGACUUGGUAUCCAUUAAAUCAAAUUUUGUUUUCAAAUGUAUGUACAUUUAAUUAAAAUGUGGUUUCAGUGCUAGUGGAAACGAUUUUUUUUAAAGUUUUAUAAUUUCUAACAAGUUAUCUCUCUUCCUCUGUUUUUUUCUUUUCUUCUGAAUAAUGUUUUGGUCAGUUUGUUUAAAUCUCUAUCUUGAGACACUGAAAAUGCCUUGUUGAAUUUUGUACAUUACUUAUUUUCCUGUUUAAUCAAGAAAAGACUGUUAAUCAAGAAAUAUAACAUUUCUAAUCACAUAUAACCCAAAUAAAUAAGUAUUUUUGAUGUUACAACAUGUACUUAUUUGAGAUUAGUGAUAUCUAGAGAAAUAACCACUUUUAAUACAAACUUGACAAGAUCUGAUGAUUAAAUCUACCUUCAAUGUUAUUUUACUUCUUUAAAACUAUUUGCUAGAUGAGAAGGUGAUGCCUUAAUUGAGUGACAUUUUUCAAAAGUUAUGCAAUUUGAUAACAAAAUGAAAUCCGGAAAGUCUUUAUUAUGUUUAAUAUUUUUUACUAAUCUUCUCAAAUCUGUAUAAUUGUAGUUCAUUUAGAUUUGCAAUUCCUUAGGUCUGAAGUGAUCCCAUACUGCUUUUGUUUUUUGUAGUUCUUAAAGUAAAAUAUUUUUUGUACUUUAAAAAAUCUCAGAAAUUUAGUUUAGGUGUUACUCUUUUCUCUUAAAUGUUAGAAAGAAAAAAACUUAGGUUCAAAGUAUAAUGUUGUAGUGGUUUUGUUUUGUGUGUGGUUUGAAUUGUGUCAUUACUUAGUUUUUUCAUAAAGUGUUAUGAUAUUGUUUGGUUUAAUUAUCAGUUAGUUAUACUUGGCAAAAUUUCUAAAAGUUAAAUUGGAUUUAGCAGUAAUCAUUCAGAUUAAAUGAUGCCUUUAAUAUUUGGAUACGGUUUGCAAUACAUUAAAGAAUGUUGGAUCAUUGUUUGAUAGUUGUACAUGACAACAUUUGAACUCAAAUGUUUUGUUUUGGAUAUAUGCUCGAUCUCACACAGCUACCAUUAGUGUGUACCAAACAGUGUUAUGUGCAACAUUGGGAUGUGUAUAUUUGGUAAAAUGGUUUUCGUGGUCAUGUUGGAUAUUCCAAACAUUGUGUUCUAGUUGUGUCUUAAGAUAUUUCAGUAGUGAGUACUUUUGUACUUUCACUAUUACUGAAAUAAUCUGUGUACAUAGUUAUGUGUAAUGUUACUCAGAGAAAACAUCGUAAAGUCUGUAUUUGGUCAUUGAUGCAAAAACUUUUUUAUUAAAAUAAAAAUAAACUGAAAAGUAAAAUAUUUACAUAUGUAAUUACUGAUAAUUAAUUAUAAUAUAAUUUACAACAAAUUCAUUGCAUGUUUGUUAUUUUAACAAAGGUGCAAAGUUAUAAUAGCAUAUUAAUAUAAUCAAAACAAUUUACUUUUUGCUGCUUAUUUACUAUUUAUUGUGAUAUUUAAUUUAUAUUAAUAAUAGUGCUAAUGUAUAUAAAUAAAAGUUACAAAGAUUGUUAUAUUACUAACUACAUAUAGAUCAAAAUAGUCAAUCAAAAGUUGCAAGUACCUACACAUAUUGAUGAGCAUUAUAAGUACAAAAUAAAAAAGUGUUGUAGAACUGACACAAAAUGAUGAUAUCUUUUGACCAAGUUUUCAAUAAUUCUUGCAUUGUUUUACACUUGGGUUCAAAUAGUUUUCAAAUUGCUCUUGAAUUUUAAAAAACUAUUUGCUUUUUUAUAUAUUGGAUAUCAAUGAAAACAAGAUUCAUUAAUAGUUGUACGUUAUCUUGUAAAUACAUUUAGUUGUUGGUCAUAAUCUAUAUUUAAACUAUAGAAAAUAAUAUUUUAAUAUUUAAAAUAUUGUUGGAGAUAAGAAUUCUUAGGUUAACCCAAGGCUUGCCAUGAUUAUUUCUGUAGGUAUGUUUUUUUAAUUUUUUAAAAUAAUACAUUUCAUUCUUAGUACAGUCAUAUUUGAAGUACUCGAAUGAUUUUUGUCUCAUAUUUUACAUAUACCGUAGUUGAUUCUUGCAAUUUUUUUUCUUACAUGUUAAAUUGUUUUGGCUGUUGGUGUUAUUUUGUCUACAGUGUACAUUGGGGUGGAUUUAGUGGGGGUGACACAGCCCCAAUCUCUUAUUUAGCAGCAAUCUGCACUGUUACAUGUAAUACUUUUCCUUCUCUUAUUUAUUAUUGGGGGUAAUAUGUAGCUCAGUGGUAGAGCACUUUCCUGACGUGCAAUGGGUUGCAGGAUCAAUAGACCUCGAAGGUCAUGGGAGUUUUCCCUUCCCAACCAAUGCUUCAUGACUGGUACAAUGAAGGCCAGGCAUGUAUUGUUCUGCCUAUGGGAAAAAAUAUAUAAAAUUUCCCUUGUUGCUCUAUUGGUAGAGGUAGACUAUGUGGCAUCAGCAGGUUUCUUCUCUUUCACUCUUGAUCAAUGUCAAAAUAACCAUGUGUUAGAUAUCAAAUAGAUAGACAUUAAAAUGUCCUCAGGUGUCAUUAAAAAACACAUUCCCUUCCUUUCCAUUUUUUUUAAAAACAAUUUUCCAGUCGCCCCAUUCUAGCCCUCACCUUUACAUUCACAGAAUCCCAUAUCUGUCUCUCCUACAAGAUUUUGACAAUGUGCUGCAUUCUCUGUCAGUCCUACUCUUAUUGAAGACAUUUUUAAAGCACCAAGUGUUUCAGUAAUCAAAAUCCCUCGUUUUAAUUUUUAAAAAUUUAUUCUUGCCAUUUUUAUUAUUACAUUAUGUGAUACUCUGCAACAUUUCCUAUAGUAUUUGAAGGCAUUUUGUCUUAAAUUUUGUGUAUAUACAUGUAAUCUUUCUUUCUAACAUUUCUUAACUUCUACAAUCUUGGUUAUUGCAUUUAUCUUGUUUUGACCACGUUAUUAUCGACUGUUCUACAUUCCCCCUUUAUUCCCACUUAUAAUGCAGUUUCUUUUUAUGGCAGCCAUUUUCCCACUACUUUAAUCUGUUUUAUGUCUUGAGAGAGGGAGGGGAUAUUUUGUCUUUCUGAUUUUUUCCCCCCUUUAUUAUUAUUUUUGCCCAGUCUUAUAUUUGACAUAUGGUUGAUUCUUGCCGUAUUCCCCCCACACUGUGUAUGUUACUUUGUUCUGGGUGUUGGUAUUGUUUCCUGGUCUCCUCCAUACUGGUAUUGACACUUGUGCUCCGAGUCUUUUGAUGUCUUAGUAUUCCUGUCAGCUGCUGGACAGCUUAGCAAACAACAGUGUAGCUUAGAUCUGUUUCUGUCCGGGAUGUCUGGUCUUGGCACGGUGUUUGAGGUUCAUGGUGGUUCAUUAUUGUAAUGUUUUCUAGGGAGUGUUUUAGUUUUAUUCUAUGUGUCAUACUUGGAGAUAACGGCAUACAUAUUCAUAGAUUAUUUGAAUGCAAGGCGUUAUGGUCAAAGGCAUUGUAUUUACAUUACAAUGUGAGAAUUGGAAUGAAUGAAUGAAUGAAUGUUUAACAACACCCCAGCAUGAUGUGAGAAUUGGAAUGAAUGAAUGUUUAACAACACCCCAGCAUGAUGUGAGAAUUGGAAUGAAUGAAUGUAUGAAUGUUU